AUGGAAGCACCUUCGACGCCGAUCCGACAAGUACGACGCACAGCCAAGCUAAGGGGCCCUCAAAGGAUCCAAUCCCCAGUCACGCCCGACGAGAAGCCGCUCCGAAAGGCCAACGUCGAGACCAACGCAUCGAAGCCCGAUGCGAACCGCAUCAAGCGCACAAGAGCGCAAGAUGAUGACUCAGAGGGCGAUUAUUCAGAUACCAGAAAAAGAACCAGAGUCGUGGCCAAGAAUCUCCAGGGAUGUACCGUUGAUGGUGACGAGACGCAUAACCACAUGCAGGAGCUCGACCUCAUGCAGGGCUUCCCACCCAUAUCCACUGUCAACGAUAGACUUCUUAUACCAGCGAGCCUAAUUGACAUCAGCCAGCACGAUGGUCUUCCUCGUCAGCCCUAG